GGGAGAGAGCCAGAAAGACUGAGAUAAGUUCAGCACCGCGGACAGCGCAUCGGAGCGCAGGACAGCAGAAAUCACUUCAGUGGAUUUCAGAUGCGCACUGUCAUGCCUCCCUGAACUGCUGGAGCCUGGACUCUGCGCUGCACCCAGUUGUUUCUGUGCAGGUUGGAAACUCGGCUGUUGUGUUUUUUUUUUCUUGGUGGGUUUUUAUUUUAGUCGCGAGUCGCUAAAUAAGGAGGCGGGAUAGCUCAGCGGCGGAGAUAAGUGCGCUCCCUCUGCAAGCGCAGGCCAGCCUGUUUAUCGGAGCGAUCCUUACAUCAUCUCUUUAUUGGAGAGACAGAGCGACGGACACACACACGCACACACACUGAGAGAGAGAGAGGAAGGGGGGAGAGAGAGGGAGAGAGAGAAAGAGAGAGAGAAAGGGAGGGAGUCCGUUCAGCCAGACUCCUCUCCGCCAGUCCUCAACUGCGAAGCGAGGCUGACGGACCAACUGGCGUUACCGUCACUCAGCUGAUCCCUCUCCCGGUUCUCCUGCGCCCGCACCAGCCAGAGAAGAUGCACCGGCACCGUCCUGCCCAGGGAUUGACGUUGUUAUUGCCGGCCGUUUUGUGGAUUUUCUGCCAUGCCAAUGGUGCACGAGGAGCUCUGCCAACAACCCAGAAGUGUGAUGAGGCUCUCGCCUCUUCUCUGCCCCACACAGCCUUCACCAGCUCGUCUGUCUUCUCCAAUGGGUACGCACCUGGAUAUGCCAAACUCAACAGGAGAGGAGGUGCUGGUGGGUGGUCACCUCUGGACAGUGACCAUUACCAGUGGCUCCAGGUGGACCUUGGUUCCAGGAAACAGGUGAGCGCCAUAGCAACGCAGGGUCGCUACAGCAGCUCCGAUUGGACGACGCAGUAUCGCCUCCUCUACAGCGACACAGGAAGGAACUGGAAACCAUAUCACCAAGAUGGCAACAUUUGGGCUUUCUCUGGGAACUCCAACUCGGAGAGCGCGGUUCGCCACGAGCUACAGCAGGGAAUUGUGGCUCGCUUCCUCAGGCUCAUCCCGCUAGACUGGAGCGAGGAGGGACGAAUUGGUCUGCGCAUAGAAGUCUACGGCUGCUCCUACUGGGCGGAUGUCAUCAACUUUGAUGGACAGGGAGUGAUCUCAUAUCGUUUUAAGGUGAAGAAGAUGAAGAUCAUUAAGGAUGUGAUCGCACUGAGGUUUAAGACAUCAGAAAGUGAGGGUGUGAUUCUCCAUGGGGAGGGCCAGCAGGGAGACUACAUCACCUUGGAGCUUCGCAGGGCCAAGCUGCUGCUGCAGAUAAACCUGGGCAGUAACCAGUAUGGUUCUAUCCUGGGUCACACUUCUGUGACCACCGGCAGCCUCUUGGAUGACAAUCACUGGCACUCAGUGGUGAUUGAACGCUACCGUCGCAAUGUCAACUUUACCUUGGACAGACAUACUCAGCACUUCAGGACGAAUGGAGAGUUUGACCACCUUGAUUUGGACUAUGAGUUGAGCUUUGGGGGGAUGCCAUACAGCGGGAAGCCGGUGGGAGGAGGAAGGAAAAACUUUAAAGGCUGCAUGGAGAGCAUCAACUACAAUGGAGACAACAUUACAGACCUGGCCCGCCGAAAGAAGCUGGACACCUCCAGUUUUCGUAACCUGUCGUUCUCCUGCGUGGAGACCCACACCUUCCCGGUCUUUUUUAACGCCACCAGCUUCCUGCAGCUGCCAGGCCGAGCCAAUCACAACAUGGUGUCUGUGGGCUUCCAGUUUCGUACCUGGAACCCCGACGGACUCCUCCUCUUCAGUAAUCUUGAUGACGGCACGCUGGAGAUCUCUCUGGAGGACGGCAAAAUUAUUGUUCACAUCAAUGUGACAAAGGAGGGCAAGAACUACCGGGUGGACUUAUCGUCAGGUUCGGGCCUCAAUGACGGCCAGUGGCACGCCAUACGUUUGGUCGCCAAGGAGAACUUUGCCAUGCUGACGAUAGACGGCGAGGAGGUGUCCGCCGUGCGCUCCACCUCACCUCUCACCAUCACCACAGGAGGGACCUAUCACCUGGGAGGGUAUUUUCUGCAGACGAUGUUUCCGCCUUCCCAGCGUUCGUUUCAGGGCUGCAUGCAAGCAAUCCUGGUGGACGACCAACCUGCUGAUCUGCAUGCAGUAGAGAAAGGCGUCGUGGGAGCUUUUGAGAAUGUCAGCCUGGACAUGUGUGCAAUUAUAGACAGGUGUAUGCCUAAUCACUGUGAACAUGGCGGUCGGUGUAAACAAACGUGGGACAGCUUCAGCUGUACCUGUGAUGGAACAGGAUACACUGGAGCCACCUGCCAUACUUCUAUCUAUGAGCCUUCAUGUGAGGCCUAUAAGCAUUUGGGCAGGUCCUCUGAUGCUUACUGGAUUGACCCCGAUGGCAGUGGACCCCUCGGCCCCUUCAAAGUCAACUGCAACAUGACAGAGGACAAAGUAUGGACGACAGUUAUGAACAACCUGCCACCCAAAACUAUUGUCACAGGCUCCAGCAGAGAGAGACGCACCGUCCUGCAGGUCAACUACAGUGCCUCUAUGGACCAGGUGACAGCCAUCACCACCAGUGCAGAAAACUGUGAGCAGAAAAUCGCCUACAGCUGUCGCAUGUCCAGACUGCUCAACACUCCAGAUGGGACCCCCUACACGUGGUGGGUAGGCCGAGGCAGCGAGAAGCACUUCUACUGGGGCGGCUCAGGACCUGGCAUCCAGAAAUGUGCUUGUGGUAUCGACAGGAACUGCACCGACCCCAAGUACGACUGCAACUGCGAUGCAGAUGCCAAACAAUGGAGAGAAGAUUCUGGUCUCUUGAUGUAUAAAGAACAUCUGCCAGUCAGCCAGGUUGCCGUGGGUGACACCAACAGACCGGGCUCCGAGGCCAAACUAACCGUUGGACCACUCCGUUGCCAAGGAGAUAAUAACUACUGGAACGCGGCAUCAUUCACCACCCCGUCAUCGUACCUGCACUUUGCCACUUUUCAGGGUGAGAUCAGCGCUGACAUCUCCUUCUAUUUCAAGACAAGUGCACCGUAUGGCGUCUUUCUGGAGAACUUGGGCAACACUGACUUCAUUCGCUUGGAGCUCAAAUCUCCUAAGGUGGUCUCCUUCUCCUUCGAUGUCGGAAACGGGCCCGUGGAGCUGACGGUGCAUUCGGCGACACCCCUCAACGACGACCAGUGGCAUCGCGUCAUGGCCGAGCGGAACGUCAAAGAGGCGGUGCUGCAGCUGGAUCAGACGUACCGGGCGUCCCAGCUGGCUCCUGCACAGGGACAUACACGACUAGAGCUGUUCAGUCAGCUCUACGUGGGUGCUGCAGGAGGUCAGAGGGGGUUCCUUGGCUGCAUCAGAGCUUUACGAAUGAAUGGAAUCACCCUCGAUUUGGAAGAAAGGGCCGGAGUCACGCCUGGGGUCAAGCCCGGUUGCCAAGGCCACUGCACAAGUUUUGGGAUGUACUGCCGGAACGGAGGAAAGUGUGUGGAGAGGUACAACGGCUACUUGUGUGACUGCACCGAAACUGCCUAUGAUGGCCCGUUUUGCACAAAAGAUGUCGGAGGUUUCUUCGAAGCGGGAACGCUGAUUAAGUACAACUUCCUGCCUGAAGCAGUUGCAGGAGCCAGUAAGGAUGCAAAGGUUGUGACGCACCAGCUGACACCACACGAAGUGAACCUAACAAAGGAGGAGGUGGCCUUCAGUUUUAGCACGUCCAACGCUCCGGCCAUUCUGAUGUACGUCAGCUCCAAGACGCAGGACUAUCUGGCUGUGGUGUUAAGAGAGAAUGGUACCCUGCAGGUGCGCUACAACCUGGGCGGUCUGAGGGAGCCAUUUGCUAUUGAUGUGGACCCACGCAACCUGGCCAAUGGACAGCCACACAGCAUUAACAUGUCCCGCCUCAACAGGAGCAUCACCAUCCAGUUGGAUCAUUACCCUCCAGUCAGCUACAACCUCCCAGAGGCCUCAGACACACAGUUCAACAUGGUCAAGACGCUGUUCUUGGGUAAAGUCUAUGAAACCGGACACAUAGACCCCGUCCUCAUCGAGCGCUACAACACCCCAGGUUUCAUCGGGUGUCUCUCGCGGGUUCAGUUCAACGGAGCCGCCCCCCUCAAGUCUGCACUGAGAGCAGUCACGCAAGCUCAGUCCACGCCGACAGCCGGUCAGCCAGACAAAAAGCCUGCAGCCGCCUCACCUGUGUCUUACCAGGGCAAGCUAGUAGAAUCCAACUGUGGGGCGUCACCACUCACCAUCCCACCAAUGUCUGCUGCAACGGACCCCUGGCGUCUGGACAACACAGAUGCAGAGUUCCCCUUCAAUGAGGAGAGAGUGAUUCCUGAUGGAGUCAACAGGGACUCGGCCAUCAUUGGAGGCAUCAUUGCGGUGGUGAUCUUCACCAUCUUAUGUACUCUGGUGUUCCUGAUCCGCUACAUGUUCCGUCACAAAGGCACCUACCACACCAACGAGGCCAAGGGCAGCGGGGAAUCCGCCGCGGAAUCGGCAGACACGGCCAUCAUCGGCACCGACAACCCGGAGACCAUCGACGAAUCAAAGAAGGAGUGGUUCAUCUAACGACCGGUGACGGAACUCUGGGGGAGGAAGCGAUUUGUUCGACCAUCAGUUGCCACAGAGAUGGAGAGGGUCUAAUUAAAUGACUAAUCACAGGAGAGACGGAGCAUCGGCUACUCUAAUGGGACAAUAAUCUCCGAGAGAAGGCGGGGAUGUGGGAAAGACGUGUACAGAAAUCUUUUUUGUUUGUUUGUUUUGGUUUUUUUAUAUAUAUAUAUAUACAGAGUAUUAGAAAAAGAAAGGGGACACUAAUUCUGCAGAGCACAGCUAUAAGAGACUGUACGUGUAUAUACUAACCGGCUUGUCCUUCUUUGUAUCGUGCUUGGGAGUUUUCAGGAGUCCUUUGAAUACUGUAUAUGACAAAUAAUUAUACUUACUGGGUCGUGUGAUAGCAAAGAUUUAUUGCCAGUCCCUGUUUCGUUUUGAUUUUAUAUUUUAACAAAAAUCUUAUAUCAAAAACGAUCAAAUCAACAUGCCAAACCCUUUCUUUGUUUUUCAAGCUGUGGAUGCACCAGUCUGUCAACACUCAUAUCCGUCAAAUGAGGUGCCACUUAUACUAUGGUAAUAUAGAGUUGAAUAUGGAUGCCAAAAGUCACUUUGUAAAUACAGUAUUUUGUGUUAGUUUCUCUUUUUCUCAAAAGAUUUAUGCCGAGUCCGGUACAUAAACACUAAUGAGAAGUUUCAUAUCUAUAUUACAAUGAUAUCAUUCGUCUGUUCAUUACAUUGUCUAUGUGUGAAAUGCAGAGUUUUAUGUUUAAAUCUUAUGACAUUCGAUUGUACGGGACAUUCCUUUCUGUGGAAGGGCAGAGAGGGGUUUCUCAGAGCAUGAUGGGAAAUCAUGACACUCCACGGUUGGUUCAGGUCAUCGCGGCAGCUUUCUUUGAAUUUGGAAUAGGAGAAACCAGUGAGCCUUUACUGAUUCAGACUUGAGCGGUCGGUUUGUUUCUUUGCCAAACACUUGAGUCUUACGUCAGAUUUUAGCGUUUAACGUCCAACUGAGUUCACGAGGUUUCUGCUCCGCAUAACUGUACAUCUCAGAUCGACGUUGAGCUGGUGGUUCGCAGCGCGUGCAUGCAUCUGUGCGUUUAUGUGUAGGUCAAAUAUUGGAUGAAACAAGUGCCAGAAGAGACGAGAUGAGGUGGAACAACUUGACUGAAACUUACUGAGUUUUACUGAUGCGCUCAACUCCAUGCGUAAAGCGGCCGAAGCAGCAUGAAACAGCAAAAACAAAUCAGUUAAUCUCGAGGUUAAGAUAAUUGGCUUGUUAAUCCGUUGUGCCUUCAAGGUGUUGAGCUGUUUCGCCUUGCCUCGCACUACUUAACACAAACAAAAACUUGACCGCUACUGCAUGAAAUGAUCUGAGUUUUCAGGUGUUUUUACGUUUCCCGGUUCGAAUGGUGCUGCGUUCAGUUACCCGCAAAUCUCAAUCGAAGCUUGAUUUUGAAUUCAGAACAUUUGGGUGGAAAAAAAAAACUUUCUCUCAAAUCGUAAAGAAGGCAGACUUGUGGCAGGAGCAGCUUUAUUGACGCACAGGAGAGCUGCCUGCUGUACAACACGCAAGGCGUUUACAUCUCCCCUCUGUGACGCACACACACACACAAACAUGCGUGUUCGAUAAAGCACGGGUCGAGGCUGUUUCGUUCAAUUCCACGCAAAGCAACACGCAAAGAAUGAGGAGGCAGCUGCUUUGUGAACUGAGCUUCACUCUACAGUGCCGCUGUUGACAUGCAUUCAAAAAAUGUGCAAGUUCUAGUUUCUAGCCAUGUUUUUUUGCUUUCCUGUCAGUUCUAUUUACCCACAUGUUUACCUUACAGUGACGUUUACAGAUUAGUCUGUUACCAGCUGCCAACUUUGUUAUUUUGUUGUGAAUUUGCUUUUUUUUAAAUGUAUAUCUGUGUGGUCACAUUGCUCCUGUGGCACUCUUCCAUGAAUGAUUUUGUAAAUCAUUGUCAUCAUCCUCAUCACCUCAUGGUUGAGUGUUAACUGUACAUCACUUUAUCAGACAUUAUGUUAGCUGGUGAGCUCAGCCUGCCUUCUACUGAGGCCUCAAAGAAGACUUUCUCUGUCCUCACAUCACAUCCUUUCAGGCAAAUAAGUGGCUCUACUUUCUUUUUUCUCUUUUUUUCUUUUAUUUUUUGUUAAUUUAACUCCUCAGACUAUACAUAAAAACACACCCUUGAUAUGUGGUUUGAACGUAACAAAGAUUAUAAUGGAUUAUCAGCACCGACAGACAAAACCAUUACCCAUAUGUUUUGCUUUCGGUUCUACUGAGUUCAAUAAAGAGUGUUUGAUCUUUAA